AUGGCAGAGCGGUGCCACAGCCUGCAGACCGCCUUCAGAGUCAGCACCACAGUGCGAAAGGACAUCGGCGAGAGGGAAAUCGACCCCGCUAAGCAGCCGCAGAAAUAUAACGGUCUGCAGGGCACCAAUCAGCUCGCGACCGGAUCAUGGGCCGCCAAGUCUUUUUCCCUCGUCGAGAUGGAGGGGGAGGAGCCGCGAUUUUGCAAGUGUAAGCUCUGGAGGCUGCGGUGGUGA